CGCUCCCUCCAAGUGAGGGAAUAAAGUUGCGCACCGGGGCGGGCGGUCCUGCCUGGAGCGGAGCGGGGCUGAGGCGGGCGGCUGUGCUGCUCGCCGGCGGGAGCGCCGGACCAUGGCCUCGCAGGAGCUGGCGCAGAAGCUGCAGCGGCGGCUGCAGCUGGAGGAGAGCGGGGCAGCGGCGGAGGGCGAGGCAGAGGCGGUCAAGGGCGCGGCGGCGGCCGGGGAGGUUGAAGAGCGGAGCUGCUUGACGGCCAGUGCGGGCGCAGAGCUGAGCGCUAAGCUGUGCCGGCGGCAGGACAUAAACGAGGGCGCGGCACAGCCCCGGCGGGCCGCCGUCUUCAACCCCUACACCGAGUUCAAGGAGUUCAGCCGCCGGCAGAUCAAGGACAUGGAGCGCAUGUUCCGCCUGUAUGACUCUGGACGGGAUGGAUAUAUUGACCUGAUGGAGCUGAAGCUCAUGAUGGAAAAGCUGGGAGCCCCGCAGACCCAUCUGGGGCUGAAGAACAUGAUCAAGGAGGUGGAUGAAGACUUUGAUGGGAAGCUCAGCUUCCGUGAGUUCCUGCUGAUUUUCCAUAAAGCUGCAGCUGGGGAACUCGAGGAGGACAGCGGCCUAUUGACUCUUGCGAAGCUCUCAGAGAUAGAUGUAUCCAUUGAGGGAGUCAAAGGAGCCAAGAACUUCUUUGAAGCUAAGGCUCAAGCCCUCUCCUCAGCCAGUAAGUUUGAAGCAGAGAUAAAAGCUGAGCAGGAUGAGCGAAAGCGGGAAGAGGAGGAAAGGAAGCACCGCCGAGCGGCUUUCAGGGAGUUAAAGUCUGCAUUUACCCAGUAACCAGCCAGCCAAUAUGCACUCUGAAAUUGCACACGACUUGGUACGUUUCCCAGAUCAGGGCUCUGCCUGGACAGAACUGCUCGGAUCCUGCCUAGAACUCAUCACAGCUUUGCUAGCCUUCCUUUCAGGAAGAUCCUCCUGAGCUCCUAAGGGCACAACUCUCGCAGUUACUGUGCGUUUAUCAUGAUGUGAAUAGUAGGGGCUGUGUCCGGGCUGUUUGCUCUGAACUGUUACGAGCACAUGACCCUAAAGCAGAAACAGCAGGUAGCAAAUCCUGGGUGAGCACUGACAAGCGUCAUGUUUGCCUACUUCAUUCUUUCCUAUAGAUCCUUUUUCUCUUAAUCCCGUAUUAAUUCAUUCCUUGCUUACAGGCAGGUAGUGAGGUCCUGUGUAAAUCAGGGUGUACAAAGUACAGUUUGACUUCUGUAUGUUUGUACUGCUGUUGGGUGUUGCCACCCUUUUCUUAUUCCUCAAAGGCCUGUGCCACAGGCACCAUGAAAACACUGUGAAGAGAGAAAGAUAAUUACUAGGGACAUGGAUCAAAUUCACUAUCAUUUCCUGUAGCAUUUUCUGCCACCCAGCAUGUUGAAGAGUCUUCCAGUUUCUCUUCUCUGAAGUGCCAUAGUAACAAACCCUUCAAUCAGAGGUGAGAUUCCCCAAGACUUCAAAGGGAAGAAGCUGGCUCUCUUAGACAAGGAAUAGAAAACUGAGUUGCCUGACCAUUUCUCUUCUUUCACAUUCCAUCACAUUUAGUGUACUGUACAGCUUCACUGUUGUUUUUCAGGCUUAGGCAGCUGUACCUGUUUUUAGGGGUAUUGUCAGCUGGACGGUGCAAUUAGAUGGCACACUGGGCUUUUCUAUUUGGAAAUUUGCUCAUAGCCUGAAUCGUGAAGGUGACAUUGUUUGAUUCCAUUAGAGGCACAGCAGAGGACACCAGCACAGCAUACUGAGCAAGCCCUGCUCAGAGAGCAGGGAGGUGAGCACAUUUAACUGAACUGAAUUUUGAGGGCUUGCAUUAUACUGUUACCCAUUUUUCUUGGAAACACAGGGAACUUGCCCACAGAUUUAGAGAUGCCCACUGCUUGUCUGGAUAUAAACACUUUUGGUCAUGGCAGGGGAACUUCCCUCAGAGACCUCUCUCAAGACAGGGAUUUGCUGAAAUUCUGCCUCUGCUCUUGCCCAAAUUUGUGGCAAAAUGUUGUUUGUUUUUUUUUUUCCCAGAACAAAACUCACCAGUCAUCUUUUCACUUGUCUGUUCUGCUUCUUAAACUGUGAGCACUAAACUGUGAGCAUGGAAUAAUAAAUAGAAAAACCUCUACUCUUUAAUGUCAGGUGAAAGAAUUGCUAAACGAUUAAACUGUGUAUAUAUCUUCACAGAUUAUAUUUUAUAAAUCACGCUUUUGUAGCUAAAUAUUUAUAAUUAAAUGUUUUUAUACUUUACAACAAAGCAGAUAAUUUCAUCUUCAAUUAUUUCUCCUGUUGCUGAAAUGUAAAAAUAAAGCAUUGUUAUCUCCA